AUGGUUCUUGAAGAACAGAGAUUUAUCCAUGAGGAUCUCGAGAGGUUAGAGCAAGCAGUGGCAGAUCGCGUUGCUGAAGAACCUCGUAACAUUCGGGAGCGCCUUGCUCGUGACCAUGAGAUUGCUCAUUUCUUGUCGCGCAUAGAAGACCAGUCGAAGAGGUUACUCGAAAUCUAUCAAGAUGCAGACAAAGCCCGCGAAAAGGAGAUCCAGGCCAUCUMCACUGGUGAGCAGUUCGACGAGUUUUACCGGCAGCUGGACGAGAUCAAAGACUUCCACAAGCGCUAUCCUAAUGAGCCGGUUGAGAACCUCGAGAGAGCGUACAAGCGCCGUCAACCUGGUGAGGGCGAACCGACGGGAGUAGAAAUCGACACGAUGUUCUCCGGCGAGGAGGCCUACGGGCAGUUUCUGGAUCUCACAACGAUGCACGAGGACUAUCUGAACCUCCCUGGCGUUAAGCGAGUUACAUACAUCCAAUAUCUCGACGUGUUCGACUCAUUCGUACCCCCACAUCUCCUUAUCAAGCGUGCGAAUAAGAUAUCCGACAAGUACUUCAAGUAUGUCGGAGAGCUUGCCGGUUACUUGGAAAGCUUUAUCAAACGCACAAAACCUUUGCAGGACCUCGACAAACUUUUCGCAAGCUUUGACGAAGACUUUGAGAAGCAAUGGGCAGCAAACCAAGUGCCUGGAUGGACAGAAGAGAGCGUUGAGAAUGGUACUCAGGCUCCAAAGACACAAGGCUCUGGGGAAGGCAUCUGGUGUGCCGAUUGUGAAAGAGAAUUCAAGAACGAGAACGUUUAUAAGAACCACUUGACUGGCAAGAAGCACAUUCGGGCCGCCGAAGCUCGCAAAGCUGCAGGUGACUCAGGCACGGCUGCACCACCGUCAGUUGGUGGCGUUACCUCUGUGGUCCACCGUCUGAAAGAACGCGCCGUCGCUGAGCGCGAGCACCGAGUUCGCUCUUUAGCCAAGGUCCUCGACCCUGAACGUCAGGCGACCCGUAUCAACGUUGAGCGGAGGCAGGGCAUGACUGAGCGCGAGCGGCAGAUGGAGCUGGAGGCCUUGAUGGCUGAAUAUGAAAACGCUGGCGGUCCCGGGGGCAACGAACAGUCCGAUGAUGAAGGAGACGAGAGGAUUUACAACCCACUCAAGCUUCCUUUGGCAUGGGACGGCAAGCCUAUUCCUUACUGGCUGUACAAGCUGCACGGUCUGGGCGUCGAGUAUUCUUGUGAGAUUUGCGGAAACUUUGUUUACAUGGGUCGCCGCGCUUUCGACAAGCACUUUUCGGAAGCCUUACAUAUUUUCGGCUUGAAGUGUCUGGGAAUCACGUCAAAUACUAAUCUCUUCCGAGAAAUUACCCGAAUCGAAGACGCCAUCAAACUGUGGGAGAAACUUGAGCAGGAUCGUAAGAAGGAACGGGACUUCCGCGAUAACGUGGUGCAGAUGGAGGAUGCCGAGGGUAAUGUGAUGCCAGAAAGGAUCUACCUCGAGUACGUUUCCCUUUUCCUCAAGAAGCAAAACGAUGCUAACUUGUUACAGUCUGCAAAAGCAGGGUAUUUUGUGAUCAAUCUGCUCAGUGUGCCUUUCGUUCCUUGCUUGGUCCGUUUAGAGUAA